AUGUCUUGUCCCGCUUGCUUCACAGGGUCUCAACAUACCCAUGGCGAGCCUAAGGGCGAAAUGACCAUGGUCCAUGGACUUGAAUGCUAUGUAACACCGCCGCUCUCUGAAAUACUCAAGAGCGACAGUCGCAUAGUCUACAUGUGCGAUGCCAUCGGCCUGCCACUUGUCAACAACAAAUUGCUGGCCGACGAGUAUGCUAAAGGCACCGGUAUACGGGUUUACGCGCCUCCAUUUCCGACUAAGCCAGCCGCGCCGGCAACGUUGGCUGCAAUGGACGUCGCGAUGGGAACCGUCGGUAUGACUGACAUUGGAGGGCAAUUGAGGCGAGCCUACAACGUAUUUCUGACCGUGGGUGCAAUGGUACCGUUCCUCCUGAACAACAAACCCGCCUCUGUAUUCCCUGAUGUUGUGGAAUUUGUGCGCAAGAUAAAGUCUGAUAUGGCCGGGUCCGAUGGGAAACUUGGCGUCGCGGGGUUCUGUUGGGGUGGCUACCAUGCCGUCAAUCUCUGCACCCAGACGAAUACAACCGAUCCAGAUAGUGGCCGCCUAGUGGACGCGCAAUUUACAGCUCAUCCUUCUGCUCUUUCGGGAUCGAGUAUGCUUGUUGACGCCGUGGCGACUCAUGCAGUUCCUUGUAGCAUUGCAUACCCAAAUAACGAUUUGGCAUUGUCUCGAAAGGCUGUCGAUGAGGCAGUGGCUACUCUGAAUAAGCUGCAAGCUGAGGAUCCGGAGCGAAUAGAGUACGAGCUCCGCAUAUACGAAGGUCAAGCUCACGGUUUUGCUGUGAGGGGCGAUUUGCAGGACGAAGAAGUAAAGAAGGCUGUUCAAGAGUCUACAAAUCAGGCUGUAGACUGGUUCCGGAGGUUCCUGUAA